AUGGGAGAAUUUAAGAAGACUUCGAGAGCUGAUCUUUAUGCAUCAGACUCCGAACCUGAGAAUGGCCCUGGAUCAGAGGGUGCUGAACUCUUGGGAUACGGUAAUAUGGACUUUGAAUUUGUAGAAAUAGAUAAUGAAAGCAAUGUAGAAGAUCAGGAAAUAAUCAUUAAAGAGCAAGUAAAGACAAAAGCAAAAAAUGAAGAGAGGCGUGCCAGCAACUCAGGAGGUGACGAAGAAUAUGAUUUCCCAUUGUUUGGAAGCAAAUCCAACAAAGUUGAAAAUCAGAAAGACGAAGAAGAUGAAGAAGUAGCAUUCCCCUUAUUUGGAAAUACUAUGAAAGUGUCAUUAAAAGAAGACAUAGAAGAAACAUUACACCAAGAGAGACCUGCAGAAUUCUAUUUUGCCAGUUACUCGAAAGCCCAAGAGAGCGAAUUCGAGAUUGCAGCAAUCACCUACGAAGAAAUAGAGCGAGAAGCACAUAUAAAACAUACAGAUAAGGCACCAUGGAAAGUGCUUGAUUUGGCGUUGUACAAUAGCAAAAUUGACAAGUUGAAGGCAUUAAAUGAAGAAAAGAAGCGUAAGAUGAGGAAAAGACCUGGUAAGAAGAAGAGAGAAAUGAAGAUCUCCUGUACUAAAAGAAAGGAAGAACGAGCCAAAGUAGAGAAAAAGAUAGAGAAGGAGCAAAAAGCAAAGUUAAAGAAGAAGAUGUUUCACAAGAGAGGUGGUAAGAAGAACAAGAAGAAGGCAGUUGAUCCAGCAAGCAGCAAGCCCAAGUAUAGGACAGAGUAA